UCCGGCAUAACAACAGACCUGUAGGAGCUUUUUAUUGACGCUUGGAUUCGUUUUUGACAAUCUAAUUUCUUUUCUUACCUUAAAUAGUACAUAUGUGACAGUUAAAAAGGUAAACUAUAUGUCGGAUUAAAAAGCAUUUCCUUGAUGCUGAAAUGGAAACAGGAAAUGUCUAUGUGUCAUUAAGAUGGCAGAGGAGGAACAGUUGGGAGAAUUGAAGGAUGAACUAAGUAGGUCUACUUUAACGAUCGAUGAACAGCUUAUCCCAGAAAGUAACUAUGAAAUUGGUAAUGAUGCUGCUGCGUCCGGUGAUGAGCCUGUAAAACGAAACAGUAACAGUGAAUUGGAGUGGGAUAGCACGCAAGACUACGUGGAACCAUUUGUUAGCAUGGAGAAUUUAUCGAUGCCUCAGGUGGAUAAUGUUUUCCCAUCUGCAAGUAAUGCAGAUGAUGGAAACCGCUCAGUAACCCCAGACAGUGAUGAGGAAAAUGUGUCACCUGAAAUUUUAGACUCAGCUGAAGAUUGUCAGGAUAAUAAUAGUAACGGGUCAGAAGAAAAAGAUUUGAGUUCUGAUCAGGCGGCAAAUAUUGAAUCUGCCAUUACCGAAUCAUUGAAAGCAGGGUCAAAAGUAACAUGUGAUGCUGAUGUUCAUUCAGUAAAUGACAAGGAUAUUGCACAAAAUGAUGAAGCGUUUAACCAUAAUGAUACACUUGAAAAAGAGUUAAAUGAAAUUCAAUCUAAACCUACUACUGAGAAUGAGUCAGUAAAAUCUACAUUGUCUGAAGAUUCUCUAAAAUCCUCCGAAAUGUCAGAACCAGCAGUAGAUAAGCUGGUGUCUGAUGGUUCUUCUCCUGAAGAUCUUGCGUCUGACCCACAACCUCAUUUAGAAUCUUGUAUAGAAGAUACAUCAUCCACUUCAUCUAGAAUAUUACCCAUCAUUUAUUCUGAUGCUUCCACUGAAAAUCUUGAACACAAUUCUGAGAGGCCCAAAGACAGUGGUGCAGAGUUUUUGGAAUCUGAGGCAAAUCUAUUAAACAAUAAAAUACAAAAUACUGAAGGAAUCACAGAAAGAACUAACAAAAAUGUGGAUAGCAUAGGUGAAAUGAAUGUUAAAAGAUGUGAAAUGACAAAUCAAUUAAAUGAAAUAUCAAAAGACAAUACAAGCAUCACCCUCCCAGAGGAAGGAUGCUUGGAGGAUAUAAAAGCCUCAGAAAACCAAGUGGUGCUUACCUCAAGUGAUGCUACUCCAUCUCCAUCCCAAUACUAUAAUGACAAUGAUGCUGCUGAUUCAUUGCUCUCUGAACUUGAGGAUUUGCUCUCGAGUGACUCCAGUGAACUAGAUUUGCCGAAUGGACUGCGAAAGGAAGCCAUUGACAUCCAAGAAAUGGCAGAGUUGAAGCGAAUGAAGGUAGAAUUUGAACAAUUAAGGAAAUCAUGCGAGGAGAAGAAUGAAGAAAUUAAACGAUUACAGGAAUGCAAGGAGACCUCUUCCCAUCAUAAACAAGGUGGAGAUGAUAAUAGUACUAUUCAACAAAUUACAGAAUUGGAGACUUUAAAAGAAAACCAUUUACUUCAAAUAAAAGAGUUAGAUGCAGUCGUGGAGCAACAGAAGAAAGAGCUUCAGUUGAGCAAAGAACGGCAACUGUCUCAUGAUGCCGCCGCAAAACGUACAAUUUUCCAACUUCAGCAAGAAAUGACGUCUCAAAUAACUCAAUUAAAAACCAAAUGUGAAGAAACAGUAAAAGAGAAGGAAACCAUGGUGAUCAAGUAUGCCAGGAGUGAAAAUGAAGUGAUGGAACAACAGAAAGUGAGAGAAAGUUUGGAAAAGAAAUUGAGGGAAACUGCAAAAACAUUAGAAACUGUUACACUACAACUAAAGCAGUUGAAGGCUGAUCGAGCCAAGUUAAAGGGAAAGUUGGAUACAAAGGAAAGUGAGUUAGCUAACCAGCAAAAAGAUGUAGAACAGCUGAAGGAAGAAGUUGGUUCACAGGGUAUCAAAGUUAAAUGGGCCCAGAACAAGUUAAAGACCGAGUUAGAUGCUCACAAGGAAACAAAGGUUAAACUUUCAAAGACAGAACAGAGAUUAUCAGAAGCCAAAGAAGAGACGGAGCAGAUAAGAAGGAACUGUCAACAGAUUAUUAAAACUUAUCAGGAAUCAGAAGAAAUGAAAUCCAAUUCAUUAGAUGUGGAGCUUAAGAAAAAGAAGGUUGAGCUUGAGGUUCACUUGCAAGAGCAGACCGACAGAGAUGAGGUUUAUAAUGCCAAAACUACUGAGCUGGAAUCAUUGAAGAAAACAUAUGCUGACUGUAUGGCUGAACUUGAUUCAUUGCAAGUUAAGACAAAGUGUUUAGAAGAUGAACGAAUCCAGAACGAAAAUCUCAUGUCGAGUCUAAAAGGUAUAAUCAACUCACAGAAAGAAGAGAACCGGAAACUCACUCGACAAGUCGAAGAAAUCGUUUCACUACAGGAACUUCUUGAAGAUGAGAGGGAGACCAUAGCGAAGCUUGGCGCAGAGGUGAAAACAUUACAUUCUAAUAACAUGGAUCUAAACUCUGACCUUACGACUAUGCGACAGAAAGAAGCUGACCUACUGAGAUUUACUGAGAAGAUUACUGUAAAAAAUGCUGAUCUGCACUCAGAAAACACUACACUUCAAGAAAAUGUAAUACAAAUAAAUCAAUAUACUUCUGAACUGACCUCAUUAAAACAGUUCCAUGGAGAAGAGAGUGAACUUCUCAGGACCAAAGUGAACGAGAAAUCCAAAGCUGUGGAACAAUUAACAAUCCAGCUAGAAGAUGCUAGAGAUGACAAUAAAACCCUGAAGAGAAAGCAUGUUGCUAACAUGAAGGAUAUUACUAGGCAACUUCAGCAAGCUCGUAAACGCUUAGAAACAUUUGAGAACCCGGAGAACGGCCACAAAGACAGCCUUAGCAUAGGAUCCCGUACCAGCUCAAAUGGAUCCCUAGACACUCUGCCUCCAGCUAAUAGUCAGGGGGUCGCUGCCCCUGCUCUUGAUGCUGAUGGAUACAGGAGAACGGAGAGUCCCACACAGCCUCAAGAUCGUUCAGGCAGCGCGGGUGACUUCCCUGGUGUAAACAAAGCAAUGCUAGUGGAUAAGAUCAUCCGACUUCAGAAGGCAAUGCACAAAAAGAAGGAAAAAAUGGACUUUAUGCAAGACCACAUGAAUCAGCUAGUGGAAGAAUUGCAAAAGAAAUCAAAAAUUAUACAGAUGUACGUUCUUCGAGAGGAAUCGGGGGCAUUGGUUCCAGUUGCAAGCGAUAUUAAUAAGGCAAAGAUGUCAAGGCAAGGUGGAAUAAUGGCAUCUCUUUACAAAUCCCAGCAAUCUGACCCCUCAAUGAACCUUGACCUGUCGCUGGAAAUCAACCGCAAACUACAAGCUGUUUUAGAAGACACAUUACUGAAAAAUAUAACACUUAAGGAGAGUAUUGAAACUUUAGGAAAUGAAAUAGCAAGGAUUACCUCACAUGAAAUGGAUCGGAGCAGAGGAGGGCGCACUGUCAAGAAAGUGAAAUGACACGUCCGAUAAAAUGAAAAGGCACUUCAUAGACUAAAAUGUGAAUCAUAGAACUGGAGAGGAGGAGGACAAGAAUACUUUUUUGAUUGAUUGAUUGACUGAUGUGAAUUAUAUCAGAGUAAAAGAGAACAAAUUCUCCAGAAAGCGAAAUUGUGUGAUGUGUGCUAAAAGAACUCAUUUGAGAGGUAACAUAGCAGAUCUGGAAACAAUUUGCGAUUGAAUAAAAAUUUGCAGAACUCAUAUUGGGAUUCGAGCAAAUGAGGACGCACACUCAAGAAUUUGAUGUGACAUUAUGUGCGAUAAACAAAUUGCUUAGCAACCCUCACUUGAGGUGUAUAAGAGCAAAUGAGGGCGCACCAUUGUUUAUCGAAGCAAUUGGCAGAGCUUACGUGACAUGAAAAAAAGAAUCGAAAUUCAUGAUGUACUAUUUUUAAAAAUCGGUUGUCGUACCUCAAGUGAGGUGAAUCAGAAAAAUAGGAGAGCGUACCAUCAAAAAAGAAAAAAAAUGACACAAUGCCUAAUUAAAACAUCAAGCUCUCCCGCGAUUAGUCAAUAGAUACCAUACACCUGGAUAAUGUCAUUUAUUUACUGCCUUUGUAAUCUGAACUGUGGUUGCCAUGGAUGUUGGUGGGUUUAAUUACUCUGUCCUUGUCAUGUUCUUUCUGCUGUACUUCUGAUGAACACUUUGUGUCAUAUGUAGUAGUGUAUUGGAACACCAUAAUGCUCAUUACAGUUGAAGAUUAAUGUGGGUUUUUUUUUUUAAUCCUGCACAAGUUUUUUAUAAUCUUGAAUGUUAAUAAAAUAUAUAAUAACUUUUUUAAAGACAUGCUUGAUGGUCUGCCCUAAUGAAUUAUGGGUAUUCUGGAAAGUAGCACAACAUUUUCCUUUUUCUACAGGUAACAGUUGAGUAAUCAUUGAUAUCUUGGGAAAUCUAUCAUAAGUCUGGAAUAAGGAUAAAUUAUAUUUAUAAAAAAAAA